AUGUUGAAUGAAAAAAGACUAGCUCGUACGCAAAAGAGACAAGCUCGGGAAAUAGUACGAAUGAAAGAAGACCUGGAAUUAAAGGAUAAUUAUCAUAGACAACGGAGUACAAUAGUGGAAAAUUUCUCCAAUCCAACUCAUAUUAGCGGAUUGUUUAAGCCAAGACCAAAAACAAUUUGGAAAGAUAUUUUGGAAAAAAAUGAAAAUCAGUCUGUGUCCACGUAUAAAGACUUAGCAAAUACUUUGAACAAUGGUUCUAGCUUUAGAUAUUAUGCUUCGGAAAUCCAGAAUACUAUGAAUUUAAUAUCUACGUAUUUUGUGAAUUCUAUUCUUGUGGAGAUUAACAUACGGAAAAUAUUUGCAGAUAGAUACUUGAACAGAUAUCCAGAUUCAUUUUUGUAUAGAGAUUCGUUAAUGAAUAAUAUUAAGGACGAGAAGAAGAAGAAUGAAAUAUUAAAAAUCCUUGUUCAGUUAUAUAAUAGAAAGGAAAACGAAAAUCCCCAAAGCUUCGAUCAUUUUUUCGAAAGUUUGAACCGAAAUGUUAUUGAAGAAUUAUUGGAUAAAGAAAUAAUAGAAUCUGACAAUUUUAAUUCGAUAGAGGUUUAUAGACAUAACUUCAACGUUUUUAAAUCGUCACAAUACUUAAAUUAUGACCAUUCUGAUACGUUAAAAUUCAUCCAAUCCUCCCAACCAAUGAAAUUUAAAAGCCCGGAACAAAAUAAUAGUGAGUAUUUUGCAAAGCUUGAACCUAUAUUCAACGCGUAUGACAGAAAUGAUCCUUUGAGUCAUUUAAAUUUGAUUGCAAAUGUGUCCAGAAUAUUGAUGACUUGUCAGGAGUUUACUCCAACUAUGAGUAUUUUCAAUUACUUGCUUGAAAAAUUUGGCCAAAUAGGAUUAUACAAUUAUCAAUCAGUAAUUUACGAUAAUUUACCAUCAUUGAGAUACAAACAAUCUUUGUUGGCGACCCCAGCACAAAAUUUACUUAAGGCCCCAAAAAUGGUGUACCAGUUACAGGAUAUUAUAGAAAACGAUCCUAAAUUUCUCAAUAGCUUAAUUGAUUAUCAAGUUGUCAGAGAUGACAGCGAGUUUUUCAGGGAGUUGUUAUCAUUUUAUAGACUAGAAGAAAUAGCAGCUCAUGAAAAAGUGUUAUUGAAGUCAAGCUUGAAGAGUCUUGUUUCAAAAUCGAGAUUUUCUAGUUUUAGAUCAAGCAUUCCUAAAUCGAUAUCUUUCAACUGCGAAUACCCUCUAUUUAUUUCAGUUGACUCGAUAUACUCGGCAAUCAAAGCUUCUAUUGAUUUGAAGCAGUUUGAAUUUAUUGAUUUGCUAGUAAGUAAAUUGAUCUUGCAUUCAGUCAUGAUAAAUGGCACAAUAAAUGUUGCAUUAACGUUUGGGAAACAAAAUAAUAUCAAGACGAAUGAAUAUUCCCUUCUAAUAGCCGAAGAGCUCUCGAUAUUCGAAUUAUCACGUAAUAUAUUCACAAAAGAAUUAUUUAUCCUCUUAUUAAGGGCAUGUCGCGAGUCUGACGACGUGGGAAGGUUGAUGUGGCUAACUCCCCAUUUAGAUUUAUACUUGUCCACAAACUUGGAAGAAAGUAGAGAUCAUUUGGCAAUCAUUAAGCAAUACUUCAAUGAUUUGAUUAUCCAUCAAGCAGCUGACGUACCAGACAUCAAAACGUUCAUUAACCAAGAUUCAGAAGCUCCCAUCGAUUCUAAAUUGAUCUCAUCUAUCCACGAAACAUUCUCUCUAUUCAGAAUAGAUGGGAAACUUUUGAAGUACGAUGAAGUAUUGGAUUUCAGGAACACUGUCGCAGAUCAAGUAUGUUUAACCAGGCAAAAGAUUGAUAAUGAGCGAGAAAAUAUAAAAAAACACGGUGGAAAAGUGAAUUUGAACCACUAUCUGGACGAUCUAUACUUUUACCUCAAUCCAGCAGGUGCAUACGGAGAUGACCCUACUAAAAAAACAUACAAAAGAUAG